GUUGUUUAAUGGACAAAAGCAGGUUUCAGGGAUGAUAGCUGGGAAAGGGUAUUGCCUUAUUGUGCUCUCACGGACUGCAUAAAUCCUUUCUCCUCUCUUCGCUUCCGUGCAUCGUUUCUUUGACCUCCUGUUCUCGAGGGAUGGAAACAGGACAAGGAAAUGAAGUGGGGAGUGGUAGUGGGAGCAAAGCAAGGUUUAGGAGCAUAUGUGUCUUCUGCGGAAGUAGGUCAGGAAACAGGCCUUCGUUCAGUGAAGCAGCUCUUGAUCUCGGAAAGCAACUGGUGGAGAGGAACAUCAACCUCGUUUAUGGUGGUGGAAGCGUCGGCCUGAUGGGUUUGAUAUCCAAGACGGUCUACGAUGGCGGCUGCCAUGUUCUCGGAAUCAUUCCCACAGAUCUCUUGCCAAACGAGAUAUCAGGGGAAACGAUAGGAGACGUGAUAAAGGUUGCAGAUAUGCACGACAGGAAGUCAGAAAUGGCCAAACAUGCCGAUGCCUUCAUAGCUCUCCCAGGUGGGUAUGGGACAAUGGAGGAGCUGUUGGAGAUGAUAGCUUACUCUCAGCUCGGCAUUCACCACAAACCAGUGGGUUUGCUGAACGUGGACGGGUACUACGACAGCUUGCUCCAUCUCUUCGACACUGGGGUACAUCAAGGCUUCAUCGAGGACUCCGCGAGGCACAUUGUUGUCUCAGCAGAAACUGCAGCGGAGCUCCUGAGGAAGAUGGAGCACUGCUGAUUCGCAUGGGAGAAAGCAAGGAAUGAAUUGUUGUUGCUGUCUUGGCUGUCACUUGCAAGAGUCUGUGCCACUCCAUGACAGGGUUGUGCCAGGCACAGAUGGCAAGUGGACCAGCAAAUAGAUCUCAC